AUGUCAACGAUUCCGAUUAGGGUAAUCAUGAGUGACCAGGGAGAAAAGACUUGUCCUCUUUGCGCAGAGGAGAUGGAUUUGACAGAUCAGCAAUUGAAGCCAUGUAAAUGCGGUUAUGAGAUAUGUGUUUGGUGUUGGCACCACAUAAUGGACAUGGCUGAGAAGGAUGAGACAGAGGGGCGGUGUCCUGCAUGCCGCACUCCUUAUGAUAAGGAAAAGAUUGUAGGGACGGCUGGAAAGUGCGAGAGAUUGGUGGCUGAAAUCAAUACCGAGAAAAAGAUGAAGUCUCAGAAGGCAAAGGUUAAAUCGACUGAAGGACGGAAGCAGCUCAGCAGUGUGCGAGUGAUUCAAAGGAACCUUGUUUACAUAGUUGGGUUGCCUCUUAAUCUGGCAGAUGAAGAUCUUCUGCAGCGCAGAGAAUAUUUUGGUCAGUAUGGGAAGGUUUUAAAAGUUUCUAUGUCCCGAACUGCAGCUGGUAUCAUUCAGCAAUUUCCAAACAAUACAUGUAGUGUAUAUAUUACUUACUCGAAAGAAGAGGAAGCGGUUCGUUGUAUUCAAAAUGUACAUGGGUUCCUCUUGGAUGGUAGAUCGCUGAGGGCAUGCUUCGGGACCACAAAGUAUUGUCAUGCAUGGCUGAGAAGUGUGCCUUGCACCAAUCCUGAUUGUUUGUAUCUGCAUGAGGUUGGGUCUCAGGAGGACAGUUUCACUAAAGAUGAAAUAAUUUCUGCAUACACUAGGAGUAGGGUACAACAAAUUACUGGUACUGCAAACAGUAUGCAACGGCGUUCAGGGAGUGUUUUGCCUCCACCACUAGAUGAUUAUUGUAACAGCAGUUCUACUUCUGCUGGAGGACCAAUUAUUAAAAAUGGUUCAAGUAAUACUGGAAGCCUUCUUAGAGGUUCUCCUCCAAAUGGAAGCUCUGGUAGAUCUAUUGCUCUUCCAGCUGCAGCCUCAUGGGGAACACGUGGUUCAAAUUGCCAACCACCAGCUACAAAUAUAAUAAAUUCGAAUGGACAUACUAAACAGAAACCUGAUGUCAAUUGCACAUUGCCAUUUUCUUCAGCAGCGGUUGCUACUACUCAGGCUUCUGUACUGCAUAGUGAUGCAGGAAAGAGGUCAGCAUUAAGUGAUGAAAGUCAGACUAUGCAUGCUAAAGGUAAACCAGAAUCAUUGAAGAUUGUGAGACAGAAUAGUGGUGUGGAUUGUCAGAAUGACCUGUCUGAUGAACCUGCUGCACCCGAUGAAGCUCCUGCUUCUGUGAAUGGGUGUAGCCCUUUAUCUUCCCCCCAAACAACCAAGGAUAAUGAUAGAGGCAGCAGCAUGCAGCCAAACAUCAGCAAUGCCACCAACCAAAGCAUAUGCUCUGAUAUGCCUUUGAUGGGCAUUGAUAGAAAUUCCAUGGUAGAACAUUCUGGUGUAGUCAGAUCUAAUAGUUCACUUUCUGAUAAUUCUGUGAUUAAAUCGCCUCGGAACCAAGGGUUACAGCAAUAUUGUGCUGAGCAGUCCAGAGAACCUCCAAUAACUGUUGUGACAGCUGUUAAUGCAGUGUGUGUUACAAGGGAACAAUCCAACUGGAUAUCAGAGUCACAAGCACAACUAGUACCAAAUGCAUCUUCUGAGGUGGAAGAGGAUGUACUAUCUUUUGACAAUCAGAGACUCAAGGAUCCAGAAGUGAGUCGUUCAACAUAUUUGCCUAGUUUGGCUAAUGCGGUACAUGUUUCAAAUCAUUCUAGGUCUCCAUUGUUGCAUAGUGAAGCUUAUGGUGCAGUUUAUUCAAAUGUUGAUCGUCCAUUUGUUGAUAACAAAAUGAGGGACAGUUCACUUCUAUCUUCGUCCAGUAUUUCAGUAACAUCUAAUGGUUACCCUGAGAACUUGGUAAGCAGAUCUUCUGGUUCAGAGAGGCCGUUGGAGCAUUCCUUUCUGCUUCCAAAUGAAGGCCCAGGGAAGCACAGUGGAAGAUUCCUGGAUGAUGCAGCUAAUGCGGAUUUCAGUGCUGCUGUUGACAAGGGAGAGAGUAGCAUAAUCUCAAAUAUAUUAUCAAUGGACUUUGACACUUGGGAUGACUCAAUAGCGUCACCACAGCAUUUUUCAAAAUUAUUGGGUGAAACUGAUAGACAGCCUGGAGCUCUCAAAAUGUCAAGUCCUUGGAAAGUACAAAAUAACAAUCAGUCCAGAUUCUCUUUUGCAAGACAGGAGGAUUCUAAAAAUCAAGCAUUCGAUGUACAGUCAUCUCUGAAUGUUGUUGGGCAGUUUUCUAAUAACCAAUCAUUCCACCAUGGUUUUUCCGAAAAUAGAGAUUUAGGUUUGGAGAAUCUUGGAAUUGGAAAUGGUUUUUCAUCUAGCUCUUACGAAGAACCUGAAAAUCAUGGCAGCAAUCAUUUAGCUUUUUCUUCUAACAAGCUUUCUGUGGUUUCAAGGGCUCAAAUUUCUGCUCCUCCUGGAUUCUCUGUGCCAAGCAGGGCACCACCGCCAGGCUUUACUUCUCAUGAGAGAGUGGAUCAGGAGUUUGACUCUCUGGCUGGGAAUCAUUUGUAUGAUACUUCCUCUUUGUUGAGAAAUGCAUAUCACCCUCAGGCAACUGGUAAUAUUGGUAGCUCUGGGGAUAUUGAGUUUAUGGAUCCUGCUAUAUUGGCGGUUGGUAAAGGGCGACUGCAAGGUGGGCUUAGCAACCCUGGCCUUGAAAUGAGAUCAAACUUCCCUUCACAGUUAAGUGCCUAUGAAAAUGAUGCAAGGCUUCAACUGUUGAUGCAAAGAUCCCUCACCCCACAACAAAAUGUUAGAUUUCCUGAUUUUGGCGAUGGUUUUUCUCACGUCAAUGAUUCUUAUGGAAUUUCUUCGAUGCUUUUGGAUCAAUCUCAGACUAGCAGCAAUCUAUCCCCUUUUUCUCAAUUGUCCCUCCAACAACAGUCUAGAAACCGGGUCAUGUCAAAUGGACACUGGGAUGGGUGGAAUGAGGCUCAGGGUGGAAGCACUCUGGGUAUGGCAGAGCUCUUGAGAAAUGAGAGACUAGGGUUCAACAAGUAUUAUUCUGGUUAUGAAGAUUCAAAGUUUCGGAUGCCCAGUUCUGGUGAUCUGUAUAACAGAACAUUUGGGAUGUAA